CUCUCUUUAACGGUGUUUAUGGUACACACUCUCUCACGCACACACUCACGCACCACUACAAACUCGCCGUAGAUGUUAGUAAAGUGUCGGCAUAACCGAUCCGUUGAAGUUUCCCGCGAAAGCAGCGCCGUGAUCCGAAGCGCCGCUCGGUGACGUCACUGCCCCGUCCGUCCGUCCCUCUCUCUCUCUCCGGUGCUGGCGGAUCCGGAGCGCAGUGUCUCCGCGCGCGCCUCCCGGUCGGUCGGUCUCUCGGUCGGUCGCUGUGUGUCUGUGUGUGUGAGUGUGUGUGUGUUUCUCUCCGCUCCGCAAUGAGCCGCUCUGAGCCGCCGGACAACCGAGCAGCGCCGCGGCGUGUGGAUUAACGAUUACCGCCAAACUCCGAGCUCAACACCGCGGGGAUGAAGAUGAUGAAGAGGAGGAGCAGGUUGUGAGAGCGUUGCAGGAGCGUUGUGAGAGGCACACUCAGCGGGUCGUAACAUCAUGCCUGUGCCAAGAGUUUGUGUAGCGUUACCCUCCGUCCGACACACUGUCCUGCUGCUCACCGCCUGCGUCCUGCUCACCUGCGCCGAGUCUCCGCCAAAGUUCCUGCGCACCCCGAGUGAUCAGACGGGUGUUCAGGGCGGCGUGGCCUCCUUCAUCUGCCAGGCGUCCGGCGACCCGCGGCCCAAAAUCGUGUGGAACAAGAAGGGGAAACGGGUCAGCAACCAGCGCUUUGAGGUAGUGAUAGAGUUCGACGAUGGCUCGGGCUCCGUGCUGCGCAUCCAGCCGCUGCGCACGCCGAGAGAUGAAGCCAUUUACGAGUGUGUGGCGUCCAACAGCGUCGGCGAGACCAGCGCCACCACACGACUCACCGUCUUACGUGGUACGUCUGCGGUAAAAACACACUAACGAUUGCUCUCUUAU